AUGAUGAAAGAAGUGGCCACAGAGAAGCAAGACGAUCAUUGCUUUUCUCCAAACACCACCAUGCAAAACAACAGUGCGGGAUCAUCGGUUGGUAAAAUUGUGAGUGUUUCGGUGGUAGAUCCCAUGAAAGAGGGAAAAGGACUCAGUGCCAAAACAACCUAUCUCAUUCAAACGGAGGUUGCUCUGGCCGGGUUUCCAGAGCAAAGGAUGAUUUAUAACUCUCGGAAGAGGUAUACUGAAUUCAAGUCUCUCUAUGACGAGUGCAAAAAAUUGGUGAAUUCAAAUCUCAAGUCCACAUUUCCACCAAAGAGUUUCAAAAAGUUUAAUGAAAAGCUAAUUGAAGAACGACGACAAAUAUUUGAAUCGAUUAUUACUGAGAUUGUGGAUAAUCCUGUACUUUUAAACAAUUCAUUACUUAAGAAUUUUCUGGCAAUACCAACUCAUGUUCAACUCGUUCAUAAAACACCUCUAACACAAAAUCAUCGUAAAUUCAAGUUUUCAACAGUAUUGAAGGUUGAGGAAAUUAAGUUUUCAUUUAAACAAUUUUUAAUCGAAGAACAUAAUAUUGAACCGUUUGAAUUUUUGGAGUCAAUUCAUCAAAUUCAAACGAAUGGUAGUAUAUUAGUGGACGAGUUUGAUAGACUCGUCAUUCAAGAAUUUGUGGAGAUUGGUAGUGUCCGAGAAAUUAAUAUUGACAACAAGACUAGAAAUAACCUGUUAAACGACUGGAACAACCUUAAAGAAUCGCUGAAUAAGAAUUCAAUUAAUGUUGUUAUAUGGGAUGGUCAAUUGGAGCCAAUUUUAGCUCCUGUUUGCAAUUCAGUGAAGCUUCAUUUGAAAAACGAUUCGUUUUCUAGAUUUUCACAACUUCAGCUUUCUGCAUGA